CGGCCGGAAUAGUAGCUUCGUAGCACUGCUGUUGAACACACAAUAAAAUAUUCAGCCAAAACAACAAUAAGACGGCCUUUCAAACCAAAAAACCCUCAUCAGACUUUUCAUCCAAAAGAAAAAUAAAAACAGAAACCGUAAAGGCACAACAAUUAUCAGCAGCUAAAUAAUUUUCAAAAAUUACACAUACACUUACACACAUCAGAAAUUGUUACAACAGCAGACUUUUUGUUUUGUUAAAUUAUUUGUUUAAAAGAAAAGAAGAAAGAACAACGUUUGCUACAAAAAUUAUAAUCUUCUCACUGAAAAAAAAUAUAAUUUUGUUUUUCAUCUCGUUAAAGAAAGCAAUUAAGAACUUGUUUGUGCAACAAAGUUUUUCUCAAAGCUACUAAAGCAGUGUUAAAGAAAUUAAACCAAAAAAUCAAAGAAUUAAACAUACCACCCACCUAUUGACUCAAGGGGAGAAAAACUUUAAUUCACAGCUGAAUGUGAGAAGAAAGUCCGGAAUGAAAUUUUAAGUUUUGAAAUUUCUUAAAAAUCGUGCCGUAUUUUUGUAUCGGAAAAAGGACUAAGAGAGAAAGUAAGGCAGGAAGGCAGAAGAAAGAUCCCACAAGGAGUUCUGCCGCCCACCUUUAUGAAAAUUGUGAUAUUUUUUUAAAAAGAAAACCCAACAACAAGUUAAUUUUGUUAAAUACUUCAAAGAAAAAUUGCUUCGUUUCUAUAAUCUGUAAAAAUAAUAAAUUGCCUACAAAUGAAAAUGGAGGUGUUAUCCGUACAAAAUCAAUAUCCUGCUCAUUUUGCUCUAGCUACAGAUUGGAAGAGUCAACUCACCCUGUCCACACCCACACAAGGAGGUUCGUUGAAAUCUCAACCCUCCUAUAAAUUUACAACACCCUUCAAGCCACAUCACCACAUCAACCAUUCACAUCAGCAUGGCAAUAUUAAUAGCAACAACAGCAGCAACAACAACAAUAAUAAUAGCAAUAGCAUCAACUAUAACAUUAGCAAUAACAAACAGCAGCAGCAGCAUAAAACAAACAACACCUCCAACUCCUCAAACAAAUUGAACUGUGAUAAUACUACCACCAACACCACUAACAACACAACAACAUCAACAGCUUUGCAAACGGCCGCUGUCCAGGAGCUGUCGCUGCGUCUUUUGGAAGAGUUGCGUGCUGCCAAGUCACGUCAUUUGGCCUGCACUGAAGUGUCGCUACCCUGUGAUCUCACACCACGCAUAGCGCUGGAUAUUUUACGUUUAGCCCGUGAAGAAACUCAUGGUCUACGCGAAUGCACCAUCUACAUUGAAUUCGAAGAUGAACCCAAUAACUCAAGGCGCAUUGCCACUCUUGAUCUCAAUCAGCAACGCUAUGGCGUUGAUGCUCAGGCCUACGAGAUCUAUGUGACACUGCGUCAGGAUCAUAGGGGCUGGACAUCGUUGCUGCCACAAUUUAUGAAGAAUUUAUCGCGCACCAUAACAAUAAGUCCCGACUUUAGUAUAACCAAACAUAAGCCAUACUCCAAGAGUUUGUGUUAGACACACACACACACAGUGAUAAUCAAAUCUGACACUGGAUUAUAAACCAUAUAUAUGUAUGUAUGUGUAGAAGAAGAUAUUUGGUAGUAAUCAAGUAAUAAUUACAUAUUUUUUUUUAACUUAACAAAAAAAAAUGAAAAACUCAAACACCCUUCACCGAUAAUCCCAUUAAACAACCACAUACACAAAAUUACACUCAAGACCAAAACUACAUACAAACAUAUACUACUCUUAGAAACACACGUACAUAUAUAUAUAAUAUAUUUAUAUGACAAAAAAAAAAACAAAAAGAAGAACCACCCACCUUUUUAGAUUUCUAUAAUUUUUUAUGAAAAAAAAAAAAAACUAAAAAAAAAACAAAUCAAUACCAAACAACCCACUUGACUUGACUUUAAUGCAAAACAAAAAGUCCAAAAACAAACCUCUUUCUUUUUGGUUUCGUAAUUGUUUUUAUAGUUUUUUAGAGUUUCCAGUUUCUAACGACGGAAGGUUAAGAGGUUUUCAAAGUUCAUUGAUUACCACUGAAAACCAAGGGAAGUAACUUCGAACAGACACACAAACAAACAUUUGUUCAAAUUAGGUUUUAAUAAAUUAUUUAUAUUUUUUUUUUUAUAAUUAUUGUUAAAUAUUUUUUGUUUAGCUUUUAAUUUUAUUUGUCUUUAAAAAUAUUUUUUAUUGUUUUGCUUUAAUUUUUUUUUUCGAAAUUUUGAUUUAAUUGAUUUUUGGAUAUAAAUACGAAAACGUGAAACAUUUUUACAAAAAAUGCCUGCAUUUAUAUCCUCUUUGAAUCCCUUAACACUUGCCCUUACUUUCCAAGAUAAAAAGCAAAGGAAACGAAAUGAAGUAUUUGCCAAGAUCUCCAACUCAUUAAAAUGUGAUACUGAUUAAGUUGCUUAGGUUAAGAAUAUUAUCGUUAAUAAAUAAUUUAAAAAAUAUAUAACUACAAACUACAGUAUUUUCACAUGACAAACGAGUUAAAAAUACUUUUCGAAUUUCUCAUUGAAAUAACUCGAAUAUUUGAAUUUGUUGUCAUUUUAGUUCUCAAUAUCUCGAACUUCAUGUGAAAAUAUUGUUAUUGUGGCCAUGGUCAUACCAUGGCCAAGAAAGGGGUUCAAUACCAUGUAAGGAGACAAUUCAUACAGUCCCCUUUGUUUGUCCGCCCGUUUAAAAAUACAAAGUGAAAAGAAAUGAAUACAAAAUUCGAAAUUCAAAAUUUUCACCUAAGUUUAGUGAUUUAGGCUUAAAAACAAACAUACAAAAUCAGAAUAACUCAAGGCUGCAUUACUGGCUUAAUGUUAGGUCCUUAAAAGUAAUUAAUUUAAUAAAUUAAAAAUGAUGAAAAAAAAAAAAACAAAACACAAAAUUGUGAACUUGAAAACCAAUUAACUGCGAUAUGUGAAAACGUCUUGAUAUCAAAUUUCAAAUUUAAAGUAACAAAUAAACAAUACAAAGAAUAAGAAAAAAAUUGAAAAUUUUUAAAAAACAACAAAAAAUCCUAACCAAUAACAUUUCACACACACAAAACAAAAAUCGUUUAGAAAUAAGAAAAUUUGAUGAAAAAAAAAAAACAAAA